GGAGAGCGGAUAUAGUGAAUGCAAGGGUCCAGGGAGACCAGAUAUAGUGAAUGCAGGGUCCUGGGAGACGGAUAUAGUGAAUGCAGGUCCCAGAGAGACCAGUUAUAGGUGAAUGCAAGGUCCAGGAGAGCAUGUUAUAGUGAAUGCAGGGGUUCCCUGGGAGGACAGAUAUAGUGAAUGCAGGGUCCUGGGAGACCAGAUAUAGUAAAUGCAGGGUCCGGGGAGAACGGAUAUAGUGAAUGCAGGGUCCUGGGAGACCAGUUAUAGUAAAUGCAGGGUCCGGGACAGCUGUUAUAGUGGAUGCAGGGAAUGCAGGCGUACUAGAUGUAAUGCUACGAAAAGGUUGGUAGAUUGCAAAACACAUUAACAGGGCUGGUCAGAGACUGCAGC